GAGGAGCCGGGGCCAGGGGUGCUGAUGUUGAGAACCAGAAGCCUCUGCUGAUUUGUAGGGUCCACUAGUAGGAGGCAUCAGAGGGUUGGGAAACCCUUUCCUUGGGGGCUGGGUGAGGCUAGUGGGUCUUGGACCCACUGAGCUGACCUAGCUGAAGCCAUGAGGCAGCUGUGGGAGGGGGCAGGAAUGGGAGGACUCUGUCUGGCCCAGCCCCUCCUCUCCAUUGCAGCCCGCCCACCACUUGGAGCUGCUGUCUGUCCUAAGGCCAGUCUGCCUGAAGUCUCCCGGAGAGGGCAAAGACAGCUGGCAGCCUGCUGUCAAGAAGAAUCAUGGGAUCCAGAGCUGAGCUGUGUACCCUAUUGGGCGGACUCUCAUUCUUCCUGCUUCUGAUGUCAGGCCAGGGGGCCAAGGGUGGAUCCCUCAAAGACAGUCAGAGGGUCUGCUCCAAGCAGACGCUGGUGAUCCCGCUGCGUUACAACGAGUCCUACAGCCAACCCGUGUACAAGCCUUACCUGACCCUGUGUGCUGGGAGGCGUGUCUGCAGCACCUAUAGGACCACUUACCGGGUGGCAUGGCGUGAGGUGAGGAGGGAGGUGCAGCAAACCCACGCAGUGUGCUGCCAGGGCUGGAAGAAGAGGCAUCCUGGGGCACUCACCUGCGAUGAAGCUAUUUGCGCCAAGCCCUGCCAAAACGGAGGCGUCUGCGUCCGGCCAGACCAGUGCGAGUGCGCCCCCGGCUGGGGUGGGAAGCACUGUCAUGUGGACAUGGAUGAAUGCAGGACCGGAGUCGCCCUCUGCUCGCAUCGCUGCCUCAACUCGGCAGGCAGCUUCACCUGUGGCUGUCCCCAGGGCCUGGUGCUGAGCCCAGACCGCCGCACCUGCGCAGAGGGCUCCCCGGAGCCCCCAACCAGUGCCAGCAUCCUCAGCGUGGCAGUGAGGGAAGCAGAACAAGGUGAGCGCACCCUCAGGCGGGAGAUUCGGGAGCUACGAGGGCGGCUAGAGCGGAUGGAACAGUGGGCUGGCCAGGCCGGGGCCUGGGUGCGAGCUGUACUGCCUGUGCCACCUGAAGAGCUACAGCCUGAAGUGGUGGCAGAACUGUGGGGCCGGGGUGACAGGAUCGAGUCUCUCAGCGACCAGGUGCUGCUGCUGGAGGAGCGGCUGGGUGCCUGUGCCUGUGAGGACAACAGCCUGGGCCCAGGCCUCCAUCGACGGCGAAGAUAAAGAACCUGAGGACCCCACCGAGAUAAAGGAACCUACAAAUGAACUGCUGCAAAGCCCCCGCCCCCUAAUUUAUACAGGAAGUGGGCGCACUGUCCUUUGGGAUUGCCUGGCUGGAGAUCUGCACACACUCUCUGCCACUGAGCAGCGAG